AUUUAUGCUCUUGGGAAGCUGGUACAAAGCAGCUACUUUCUCUUCUCCCUAUUUAAGCAGAGUCGGCAAGGGACAGCUGCUGCUGUUUGAUGUGCUGUGACUGAGAAGUCAGCUUGUCGCCGCCAUUGCUAUGCCCCUGGAGAUGGAGCCCAAAAUGAGCAAGCUGGCCUUUGGCUGCCAGAGGAGCUCCACCUCGGAUGACGACUCAGGCUGUGCUUUGGAGGAGUAUGCCUGGGUGCCCCCAGGGCUUCGGCCUGAGCAGGUAGCAGCCUCAGACCUCCAGAUCCAGCUCUAUUUUGCUUGCUUACCAGAGGAGAAAGUCCCUUAUGUUAACAGCCCUGGAGAGAAACAUCGAAUCAAACAGCUUUUGUACCAGUUGCCACCACAUGAUAAUGAGGUGCGGUAUUGCCAGUCAUUGAGUGAAGAGGAGAAGAAAGAAUUGCAAGUGUUCAGCGCCCAGAGGAAGAAAGAAGCCCUGGGAAGAGGCACAAUCAAACUGUUGUCCAGAGCGCUGAUGCAUGCUGUGUGUGAGCAGUGUGGCCUAAAGAUCAAUGGAGGCGAGGUUGCCGUGUUUGCGUCCCGUGCGGGGCCCGGGGUCUGCUGGCACCCGUCCUGUUUUGUCUGCUUCACGUGUAACGAGCUACUGGUCGACCUCAUCUAUUUUUACCAGGAUGGGAAGAUUCACUGUGGCAGGCACCACGCUGAACUGCUGAAACCACGGUGUUCAGCAUGUGACGAGAUCAUUUUUGCCGACGAGUGCACAGAAGCUGAGGGUCGCCACUGGCACAUGAAGCACUUCUGCUGCCUCGAGUGUGAGACGGUCCUGGGAGGACAAAGGUACAUCAUGAAGGACGGCCGCCCCUUCUGCUGCGGCUGCUUCGAGUCCCUGUAUGCCGAGUACUGCGAGACCUGCGGGGAGCACAUCGGUGUAGACCAUGCACAGAUGACCUACGACGGACAGCACUGGCACGCGACAGAAGCCUGCUUUUCUUGUGCCCAGUGUAAAGCCUCUUUGUUGGGAUGUCCCUUCCUUCCCAAACAAGGUCAGAUUUAUUGCUCAAAAACAUGUAGCCUUGGAGAAGACGUCCAUGCCUCAGAUUCUUCCGAUUCUGCAUUUCAGUCAGCUCGAUCGAGAGACUCCAGGAGAAGCGUCCGAAUGGGCAAUAGCAGUCGGUCAGCCGAUCAGUGUAGACAAUCGCUGCUCCUGUCCCCUGCUUUGAACUACAAAUUUCCUGGCCUUUCUGGCAAUGCUGAUGAUACCCUGUCUAGGAAACUGGAGGACCUGAGUCUCUCCAGGCAAGGUGCGAGUUUCGUUAAUGAAGAAUUUUGGAAAGGCAGAGUAGAGCACGAAACCCCGGAAGACCCUGAAGAGUGGGCUGAACAUGAAGAUUAUAUGACUCAGCUCCUCCUCAAGUUUGGUGAUAAAAGCCUCUUUCAGCAGCAGCCCAGUGAAAUGGAUAGUCGAGCUAAUGAGCACUGGCUGUCUGAUAACAUGGUUAAAAGUAAGACCGAGCUGAAGCAGAAUAACCAGAGCCUGGCAAGUAAAAAAUACCAAUCUGACAUGUAUUGGGCACAGUCACAAGAUGGACUGGGCGACUCGGCUUACGGCAGCCACCCAGGCCCUGCCAGCAGUAGGAGGCUCCAGGAAUUGGAGCUGGACCACGGGGCUUCAGGAUAUAAUCACGAGCAGACACAGUGGUAUGAAGAUUCCCUGGAGUGUUUGUCAGACUUGAAACCAGAGCAAAGUGUUCGGGAUUCCAUGGAUUCUUUGGCUUUGUCCAAUAUCACAGGCGCUUCGGUAGAUGGAGAAAGCAAGCCGAGACCAUCCUUAUAUUCUCUGCAGAACUUUGAGGAAAUAGAGGUAGAAGAUUGUGAGAAAAUGAGCAACAUGGGCACUCUGAACUCUUCCAUGUUGCACAGGAGCACAGAGUCCUUAAAGAGUCUAAGUUCAGAGCUGUGUCCAGAAAAAAUCAUGCCUGAGGAGAAACCAGUCCACCUGCCCGUGCUCAGGAGGUCCAAGUCUCAGUCCAGGCCACAACAGGUGAAGUUCUCCGACGAUGUCAUCGACAAUGGAAACUAUGACAACAUCGAGAUCCGACAGCCUCCCAUGAGCGAGAGGACUCGGAGACGGGUCUACCACUUUGAAGAGCGGGGCUCCAGGCCUCACCACCAUCGCCGCAGGAGAAGCAGGAAGUCCCGCUCCGACAACGCCCUGAACCUUGUCACCGAGAGGAAGUACCCUCCCAAAGACAGGCUGCGACUCUACGCCCCUGACAACUAUGAGAAGUUCAUCCAGAGUAAGAGCGCUCGCGAGAUGCAGGCCUACAUCCAGAAGGCCGACCUCUACGGGCAGUACGCCCACGCCACGUCCGACUACACGCUGCAGAGCCCGGGAAUGAACAGGUUCCUGGGCCUCUACGGCGAGGACGACGACUCCUGGUGUUCCUCCUCCACCUCCUCCUCCGACUCAGAAGAAGAGGGCUAUUUUCUCGGACAGCCAAUUCCUCAACCCCGGCCACAGAGAUACGCCUACUAUCCAGACGACUUGUCCAGUCCCAACUCUGCGCUCCCCACGCCUCAGUUCGGGCAGAGGACAACUAAAUCCAAGAAGAAAAAGGGCCACAAGGGCAAAAACUGUAUUAUUUCUUAACCUUGUAGUUGUGGAGGUCAUGUUCGAACUCAGUCACUCACCAUCUUGAAUCAUAUCUUUUUCUCCCAUAGGAAGUUACUAAGAUAGUUUAAAGUGCUUUGCCCAUGUAUAUGAGACCAUGACUGCUGUUUACAGUAUCUGAUUAAUAUUCGGAAGGUGUGAUUUCUCCGGUUUACCCUCCUUGGAUGGGAACAGGUUGACAGAACCUCUUACCUGCAAAGUUCAUCAUUUCCACACAUCUGGUGUUGAUCUCCAGUCAGCAAGAGAAUCCCCUAAAAACUGCCAGAGGUGAUUGGACAAGGGUGUUGAUUUUAGACAAUGGAGAACUUCAGCUGCCUUUGUAAAGCAAUAGUGUUUGUCAUUCCCUGAUGCCAAGUUGCCCCACCACCACCAGUGGGUCUGCCUCAUUAUGUGGGGUGCAGGUUGCCAUGCUGACCGGGUCAGCCCCCCAUUGUGGGAGACCACCUUAUCCCCCUUCACCCCUCACUAGCCAGAUAAACAUUGUAUUAGCUCCAGCUACAGAUGGGAAAAAAAAACAUUACUAUUUAUAAUGUAGUAUUUCAUAGACUUAAGUGUAUUCCUAAUUUAAUGGUGCAAAUAUUAAUGUACAUACUGUACAGUUCAGAUUUUAAAGCUGAUAUUUUUAUAUCCCUGAAUUGCAAGAUGUUUGUUACACUGCAGUGCUAGAUUUGUUAGGGAACCAGAAGCAGCAUUGAAGGAUGAAAUGAUUGCUUGUAUUUUAGUCAGGGUUUAUAAGUUUAGACAAAUUUAUAUUGCCUAGUGAUGGAAAGUUGAAUUUUUUUUUUUGAUUUUUCAGUACUAAAAAGGCUCUAUAUGCAUGGUGAGGCUAUGUAAAUAUUCUGUAAAACUAUGGCCCUAUUAAUCUUACGAGUGUUAUUUAUGGGUCAAGCAAUGUAAACUGUAUAAAUGUAAAAACAAACAAAAAAAUCCUGCACAUACCCCUGGAAUAUAUGGUAAAAAGAACCUGAGCAGAUGUCUCCCUCACCCCACCCCCCCACUUAGGGUGGGAGGAGGGGCUCCCUUUUCAGCAAGGUGGCGAUUCUCUUGGCCAAAGGGACCCAGCUUCCAUGGAUCUGCUUUUUUGUGGCAGAGGAUUUCAUCAGUUUAUUGUUUGGAGACAAGUUACUCCUUUUUGUCCCUCCCUUUCUGCUAAUUUGUUGGCCUUUAGCAGCAAUUUUUGAAACUUGGUCUCUGGUUAUUUUCUUCUAAGCUCUAAAAACUAGAGGAUGCUGGCGACUUCAUGUUAAUGGGAGGCACUAACUUCAGGCAGUGUUGGGCUAUGCUGUGGUCUUGCACACAUGCUACAUUUCUACCUACAGGUCACCUACAGCCCUAAUGGACGCUAUCUUGGACCAUUGAGGAGGCAUUUAAUAAACACUUGAUAAAUAACAGACUACCUUUGAGCACAAGUCUUUGCAAACAUACUCAGAUGAAUUCCAUGAUGUGCCUCUGUUCAGCCAUGAUGAAUUUGCCAUUCUCCUGCCAUUUGUUCCACGCGUGUGCCCACUGGCACCUGCUCCUAGCUGGGAAAUAGGGCUUGAAGCACAGAGACUGCAAAGCUGAAUUUACUGGGAUGGGGGAGAGCUGUUAGACCUUGGGAAGUAAGGUCAUCAAUGCAAAGGGUAAGCCAGUGUUCGACAGCAGACUCUGGCCUGUGGCUGCACUACUGGCCUGGAGAAAUGUGGCACUUGAGAG